AUGUCAUCUACAACUUCAAAGACUAAGGAAAAAAAUGCUUCAGGAAGUAGAACUGAUAUAGGAUGGCAGCAUGGAGUUGAUGUAGAGAACAACUCAAAAAAGGUCAAGUGCAAAUAUUGUGACAAAACAUUCAACGAUGGUAUUUUUCGAUUCAAGCAUCACUUGGCCGGCACUCAUAGAGAUGUGGAGCCUUGUUUAACUGUUUCUGAUAAUGUGAAGAACAAAAUGCAGUCAAUUGUGGAUAAACUUGCUAAAGUUGCUGACAAAAGAAAGAGAAAAAGUUAUGGGAUUGAUGAUUCGGAUGAUGAAGAGCCUUUACCAAAGGCAACAGACAAGGGGAAAAUGAAAAUGGAUACAUUUUCUAGAAGUAAAAAAGGCAGUAAUUUUGGUAGCACUCAAGCUACCAUUAACCAAAUGAUGAAGAAGGAAUUGCGAGAUGAAGCUUGUCAAGAGAUUGCUCGGUUCAUAUAUGGAUGUGCUAUUCCUUUUAAUUGUGUCAAGCAUCCGUCAUUUCAAAAAAUGUUUGAGCUUGUUGGGAGAUAUGGAUGUGGAUUCAAGGCUCCCACGUAUCAUGAAGUGAGAGAGACGUUGUUGAAGAAGGAAGUGAAUCAAACUAAGGAGUUGCUUGAGGUGUACAAAGCUGAAUGGAAAAAAAUAGGAUCAAAAAAGGUUUUUGAGAUGUUAGAUGAGAUCAUAGAUGAAGUUGGUGGAGAAAAUGUGGUUCAAGUAAUCACUGAUAAUGCUGCAAACUACAAAGCUGCUAGUGAGAUGUUGAUUGAAAAAAGGAAAAAUCUCUAUUGGACUCCUUGUGCAGCUCAUUGCAUUGACUUGAUUCUUGAAGAUUUUGAGAAGAAAUUGGAAGUUCACAAAGAAACUAUUACCAAAGCAAGGAGGGUUGCUACUUACAUUUAUUCAAGGACUUUACUCAUUUCCAUGUUGAGACAUUUUACAAAGAGUAGAGAUUUGAUUCGACCAGCCACUACACGAUUUGCAACUGCUUACUUAACUUUGAGUUGUUUCAAAGAAUUGAAGGUCUUUCUAAUGACAAUGUUCUCAUCCCAAUCAUGGAAGACAAGUAGAUUUGCUAAAACAAAUGAAGGAAAGUGUGUUGAGCAAACUAUCUCGGAUAGUAAGUUUUGGCAUAAUGUGGUUGUAUGUCUAAAGGCUGCUAUUCCUUUAAUUAAAGUUCUUCGAUUGGUUGACUCAGAAGAGAAACCAGCUAUGGGUUUCAUUUACAAUGCAAUGGAUUGUGCCAAAGAACAAAUACAAGCCAAUUUAAAUAAUGUGAAGAGAAAGUUUCAGUUAAUAUUGAAUAUCAUAGAUGAAAGAUGGGAACUUCAGCUACACAGGUUGGUUACUUCUCAAAGUGAUAGAGAUAAGAUAGAUAUUCAAAUUGAGGACUUCAAAAGUGCAAAAGGGGUAUUUGGUAUUAAUGCUGCGAUAGUAGCAAGGGACAAAAAAACACCUGCAGCAUGCUCAUCUGGAUGUGAACGUAAUUGGAGUGCAUUUGAGAUGGUUCAUACAAAGAAAAGAAACCGAUUGCAGCAAAAGAAGAUGAAUGACUUGGUUUUUGUUAUGUCCAAUAUGAAGAUGAUCAACAGGAAGUCAAAGAAAGAAGAGCUAUUUACCAUUGAUGACCUCUCAUCAGAUGAUGAAUGUAUAACUGAGGAAAAUGAUCACAUAGAUGGAGAUGAUGGAGAGGAUUUGGAUCAAAUCAAUGAAGUUGAUGGUCAUGAUGUGGAGCCAAUCCAUCUAGUUUAUGAAGAAGGGAGUGGAAAUGUUACAGGUGGUGCUGACGAUAUUUCUAGUAUUGUUCAUCAUGCUAAUGAUGGUAGUGAUGGUGACAAUGAUAGCGACGAAAGUGAUUAUUUGCACUUGUCUAUGGAUGAUUUAUAUUAA